AUGACCGUAGCUACCGUUGCGUUCAAGACCGAGUUUGCGGUCGACAUGACCUGUCAGAACUGCGUCAACGCCGUACAAGAGUCCCUGAGAGAUAUCCAAGGUAUCGAGCGCUACGACAUUGAUCUCGCUCAGAAACGAGUCACCAUAACCGGUAAAACCCCGCCCUCCCGCCUGCUCACCGCCCUCAAAAGCACCCAACGCCAAGUCAUAGUCCGCGGUGCCUCAUCCGCCAUCCCCUCCUCCACUCCUUUCCCCCAAUCAGCCGCCGUCUCCAUCCUCGAAUCCCCGCUCCCCCUCCCUUCAUCCAUCCGAACCCCCUUCGCCGCCCUCGCAUCCUCCUCCACCUCCCCCCAGCCCGAGAUCAUCCACAGCCGGGAAUUGCCCGGGUUGACAGAGGACGAGUUCACCCAAAAAGUAUUCGGGAUCUGUCGGUUUGUCCAGAUCGCACCCAAGACGAUCCUGAUGGACCUCACCGUCCGUCUUCCGCCCUCUUCGGCGGUGGGUCUGCACGCGGGCAGGGCGUACGAGGUGUAUAUCUCCAGAACGGGGGAUAUGGUCGAUCCGCCCCGCACGACAGGCGGGGCACUUGUAAAUCUAGGCAAGAUUGAGCCGGAUAAGGAGGGGUAUGGGGAUAUGUUUAGGGAGGUGGAGGGGGAGUUGUGGGAGUGGGUCGGGAGAGGGUGUGUGGUGCAGGCGACAGCGAUGGCGACGGCGACAGGGGCGGAGAAGGACAAGGAGGAGAAGUCGGGCGUGGGCAAAAUCUUUGCGGGGGUGGUAGCGAGAUCGGCGGGGGCGUGGGGGAAUGAAAAGACGGUGUGUGCGUGUUCGGGACGGACGAUGUGGGAGGAAGGGAGAGAGAUGCAGGCGAAGAGUGCGUUGUAG